UUAAGAAAUUUAUUUUAAUUCUUGGCGAUUGUUUUAUUCCGCAGUCAUUCGGAGAAAUUGUGAACAUGGUUGGAAUACGAAAAACAAAAUCUAAUCAGUUGAUAUUUGGACAACAAGACGUAAAGAAUUCCCAAAUAAUAAACACAGAAAAAAAUGUCAGCCAUGAAAUUUAUUGUUUUAAUUGCAAUUUGUGUGCUGAGCUUUGUUGUUGUGGCGCAAGCUGCUGACAAGUGCACCAUCAAUGGCAAAACUUUGGAACAGGGUGAAAAAUACCAGCCACCGGGAAAGUGUGAACAAUAUGAAUGCUUUGGCAAAAAUGGUGUCAUACAAACAGGCUGUCCCAAAAUAGAUUCGCUGAAGCCCUGUAAAUAUAUACCCCAAGAUCCAUCAAAGCCCUAUCCCAAGUGUUGUGCCAGUCAAAAAUGUUAAAUGUGUAUUUAUGUUUAUAAAUUGUAAACAAAUAAAACAACAAAUAACUAAUAAAAAAUUAAAGCAUA